AUGAAGCUCUCCGCUCUCGUCCUCCUCCAAGCCGCGGCCUCAGUCCUCGCCAAAGCACCCUACUGCCACUACAAGGGUGUCGGCCAGAUCUACAUCGGCGGCCAACCCAUCCCCGUCAACAACCGCUACACCCUGGCCGCCUACGACGUGAAUGACCACAUACCCACGGUAUGCCACGACUUGUGGAUGGAACUGCGGAACAAGUGGAUGUGCGGAGUCUGGUCCUUCGGCAGAUUCAAACACUACUGCCGUGACGCCGGAGACGGCAUGCUCGAGUGGGAGUUCGAGAGCGGACUGGCUUGCAACAAGGGCAUGGUCCACGAUGCGUGGUACAAGGCCACGAAGAACAAGUACGGCGCCAUCGACUGCGAGAAGAAGAAGAACUGA